AUGACCGUCGAAGGCGUGAGUGCCAUUUCCCUCGCCACGACCAACGAGGAUGUUUUCGCAAGCACCAGCAAACUCUACCGCCUGUUGGGUUUCAAGUUGGUCAGGAACUACUCCGCCAUGGCGUCCCACGGCCCCAACAACCACUUGCGGGGCUUUGCGUCGGACUCGAUCAAAGAGCACUGGUUGGAGGCGUUUCCGUUGCAGACACGUGACAGCGCAGGCAACGUCGUGCCAUGGCAGGACUUGCGAUUCUACGUUGGCGACAACACCCGCCCUUUGUGCCCCGGCACGUUGGUCAAGCUCCGCUUGUCCGGAUCGGCCCAGUGCGCCGACGGCAAGCAGGACCUUCUCUUCUUCUCGACCAAUAUGACCGCACUCCAGGACGUGUUUGAACAGGCGGCGAUCCAGUGCCAAGUCUCCGCAGAAGGCGUGCUCUCGGCGUCCGACCCGCUCGGCAACACGCUCCGCUUUUCCGGCACCUUGCCCGGGUCGGGCGGCAAGAAGUUCUCUUCGCCGGAGGAGUACCUCGAAUCCCAGUCCGCGGAGCUUAUCAAGGCCCUUGAGCAAGACCAGCCCUUGCCGCCCGCAAACAGAAACACGCCCCCCGAGCCGAAGAAAAAGAAAAUCGGCGUCAUGACCUCCGGAGGCGACGCCCCCGGCAUGAAUCCCGCCGUGCGCGCGGUGGUGCGUGCCGGUAUCUACUACAACUGCGACAUGUUUGCCGUGUACGAGGGCUAUGAGGGCUUGGUCCGGGGCGGCGACUUGCUCAAGCCCAUGGGCUGGAACGAUGUGCGCGGGCUUCUUUCGCAUGGCGGCACGGACAUCGGCACGGCCAGAUGCGCUGCGUUCCGGGAGCGUGCGGGCCGCUUGCAAGGUGCGUACAACAUGGUGGUCAACGGAAUCGACGCGUUGAUCGUGUGCGGAGGAGACGGCUCGCUCACCGGUGCCGAUCUCUUCCGUUCCGAGUGGCCUUCGUUGAUUGAGGAGUUGAUCGAGACCAAGAAGUUGACGCGCGAGCGGGCCGAGCCCUACCGCCACUUGACCAUCGUGGGUUUGGUGGGCUCCAUCGACAACGACAUGGCAGGCACGGACGCCACCAUUGGCGCGUUUUCGUCCUUGGAGCGCAUCUCCGAAAUGGUCGACUACAUCGACGAGACGGCCGCGUCGCACUCGCGUGCCUUCGUGGUGGAAGUUAUGGGCCGCCACUGCGGAUGGUUGGGCUUGAUGUCGGGCUUGUCCACGGGCGCAGACUACAUCUUUAUUCCGGAACGGCCCCCCAAGCACGGCCAGUGGCAGGACGAGUUGAAGGCCAUCUGCUCGCGCCACAGGAGUUACGGCAAGAGAAACACAACUGUCAUCGUGGCCGAAGGUGCUGUGGAUGACGAGUUGAACCCGAUCUCCUCUGAAACUGUCAAGAACGUCUUGGUAGAGCUCGGGCUCGACACCAGAAUCACCACUUUGGGCCACGUGCAAAGAGGUGGCACAGCUGUGGCGUACGACCGCAUGUUGAGUACCUUGCAGGGUGUGGAGGCCGUGAAGGCUGUCUUGGAGAGCACGCCAGAGGUCCCAUCGCCUGUCAUUGGUAUUCUUGAAAACCAAAUCGUCCGCCAGCCUCUCGUCGACUCCGUGCGUCUUACCAAGCAGGUCGCUGACUCGAUCGAGGCAAAAGACUUUGACCGUGCCAUGAGCUUGCGUGACUCGACUUUCGCAGAGGCCUACGAGAACUUCUUGUACACAGCGUUGUAUGAUGAUGGGUCCAAGCUUUUACCUGAAAGCGAGCGCUUGAACAUCGGUAUCGUUCAUGUCGGCGCAUCGCUGUCUGCGUUGAAUGCCACCACAAGAGCUGCGGCUUUGUAUUGUUUGGCCAAGGGCCAUAAACUCUUUGCCAUUCAGAAUGGGUUUUCAGGAUUAAUUAAUGAGGGCACUGUGAAGGAGUUGUCAUGGCUCGAUGUUGACGGAUGGCAUAACCAAGGCGGUUCUGAAAUUGGGACCAACCGCUCUUUGCCAAGCGAAAAUUUUGGGGAUGUCGCGUACUACAUGCAAAGACACAAGUUCAAUGGACUCAUGAUCGUUGGUGGCUUUGAGGCCUUCACGGCUUUACAUCAAUUGGAAGCCGAAAAGAAGCAGUAUCCUAUUUUCAAUAUUCCAAAGGUCGUGAUUCCAGCCACUGUGUCCAACAAUGUUCCUGGAACUGAGUAUUCCUUGGGAUCUGACACUUGUUUGAACCAAUUGGUCAACUAUUGUGAUGCUAUUAAGCAAUCUGCCUCCGCAACCAGACGCAGAGUCUUUGUUGUAGAGGUUCAAGGUGGCAACAGUGGCUACGUCGCAUGCUACGCUGGUCUUGUUACAGGCGCCAUCGCUGUCUACAGACCCGAAGAUAAAAUUGACCUCAAGAGCAUUCGUGAAGACAUCGAUCUCUUGUUUGAUGCUUUCAAGGGAGACCGUGGCGAGGACAAUAACGGUAAAAUUGUUAUCCGAAAUGAGUUUGCCUCUCCCGUUUAUACCACAGACUUGUUGUCUGAUAUUUUCUGGGAGGCUGCAGGGUCACGAUUCGAAACUAGAACCGCUAUUCCAGGUCAUGUUCAACAGGGAUUUACUCCAAGUUCAAUGGACAGAGUAUAUGCGGCCCGUUUUGCUGUCCAAUCAGUGAAGUACAUUGAGGACUGGAGCCGUCGCGUGUUUGCAUCCGUUCAUCACAACUCCAUUCACCACAGCAUCAACAACAUCAAAAUGAUUGACUUGAUGAGAAGAGAAGAGGAGUCCUCGGUUGUUAUUGGUAUACAAGGAGCCCAACUUAAGUUCUCCGAUAUCAACAAUCUCUACGAGGAAGACACGGACGUCGCUUUAAGAAAGGGUCAGACCAUACAUUGGAGCAAUUUAGCAGAUGUAGGCGACAUGUUAAGCGGAAGAUUGGGAUUGAGAGAGCGUCGUCAACGCUGA